CUGGUCGCUACACAAGACGAAAAUGUCUAAGAAAGGACUCACUUUUGACGAGAAAAAGGCAAAAAUGUUGCAGCUCUUUUACGAAAAGAAGGAGUUUUUUCAGCUGAAAGAAUUAGAGAGAAUUGCUCCAAAAGAGAAAGGGAUUGUGGCGAAUUCUGUAAAGGAGGUCGUGCAAGCGUUGGUGGAUGAUGGUGCAGUCGAUACUGAUAAAAUCGGGGGUUCCAUUUAUUUUUGGUCAUUUCCUAGCAAAGUUAUGAACGUAAAAAAACGCAAAUUGGACGAUCUGCAAACGAAAUUAGAAACAUCGAGUAAGAAGCUGAAACUAAUCAACAAAAGUUUGGAGGAGGUGGAAGCGAAUAAAGACAAUGUAGAAGAUUUAAGUGACCUUAUUAAACAAGUAGAACAGUUGCAGGAACACAGAGAUAAACUGCAAUCGGAAUUAAAAACACAGUCUGAAAAUAACCCCCUGAAUUUAAGUGAAAUGAAGAGUGAAACACAGCCAGUGAAAGAAGCUGCCAAUAGAUGGACCGACAAUGUUUUUGCCGUUAAAUCAUGGUGUAAGAAGAAGUUCAUGAUCGAGGAUAAAGUGUUGAACAAACAAUUUGGAAUUCCGGAAGAUUUAGAUUACCUUGCGUAAAUUUUGAGGUUAUGUUUUCCAUUAAUUUUAAGAGUGUUACAUGUUGAAGAGUGA